AUUCAUUACUCUAUUGAUCACCUUGGCAGUUAUUCAGGUGAUAUAGCAUCACAAAGACAAGACAAUUAUUGUUAAAGUAAUAAGAUAUUUUAGAAAUAGAACAGAAAAAAAAAACACAUUAUAAUCAACAGUGGUACAUAUCCUCUUAACAGACAUAGACAAAUGAAGAUGAUAAUAGUGAAAAAAGUAGCACCAGCUGUAGUACAAAGUGCUGCAACUAUAGGAGUUCAUUAUCAGUAUAAUAAUUACAAUGAUAAUUAAGUAUUUCUAAUCAAUUACUAUGUGUUUUAAAUGCACUUUAUACAAAAUAAAGUGUAGAUGGAUGAUGUAAAAAGUAUUUAAAGAUAUGAAUUAACAUGCAGUAUGCAAAGUAAUGUUUAAACAUGAACUGUUUUCAAAAAGCUUUGCUUUUUUAUUACUGGCCAUGGAAUUAAUUUUAUUACAUCUGUUCAGUGUGUUAUAUAUAAAAAAUUUAAUGUUUAAAAUAUUAAAUGUGUCGAAUUUAUGUCCAGUUAUGCAGAAUUAUUUACAACCCAUUGUAUUCAGUAAUAUACAGUCCAUAUUUGAUUGUAUUUUCCAAAUGAAAUGGGUGUAGAAAUCUUCAAAUCUCAAGCCAUCGAUCUUAUAUAAAAGUGUUUAAAAUAAUCUGCUUUUAGAGUCAAGGCUUGAGUUAAUCAUUCUAGACGCUUUACAGUACCUUUUAUAAAACAGCAGAUGGCAGUUAACGUAUCAGACUCACCUCAGUUCACAGAAGUUUCCUGACAUCCUUUGAAGUGAAAGUAAUAAUCAGAAAGCUUCACCCUCAGUGAGUCUGUCCAAGCAUAUAGCAUUCCUCUGUGAGGUGACUUUGGUAAGCUCAAACCUCCAUCUUCCAGCGACAGAAAAAAGACCACACAGAAAUUCUCACACUUACAAUUCAGUCAAGUCAUUUCAUCACAUGAAACCAGGAAACCAUCAAACAUAAUCACUGUCAAAAAUCUGCUUCUGCAGCUUCCCACAGUCAGUUAUAACUAAGCGCUCACUCAUUCCCUUUGAUAUGGGAAGAUAAAAUGUCAGCACCCCUACCUGUUCAAGAAUCACAGUUUGGUCUUUUUAGUCCUGAAUUACUCAUCUCUGUAAAAAGAUUAAGAUGAAAUCAAAAAAAGUGAAGAAAGAUUGCAUAAACCACUAAAGAGAUAUUUCAAGUCACACCUUUAAGAAUAAAAUGUCUCAGUAUUAAAAGGACUAAAUAAUCACCUGGAAAUUUCAGUUUGAGGAAACAAAAAACAAAUACAUAAACAGUCAGAGGAAGCCGGUGGCAUUUACUGGCACUGAUGUUCCCUCAAUUUCAUAUCUCAAUUUUUUUUUUUUCUCGUAUUGUGCUGUUGAUUUUAGGUAACGACAGUCUCCUUGAGCCUUUAUAGUCAGGUGAUCACUCCCUUAGUUUAAUGUGGCCUGCAAUGCUUCACAAUCAAUGUGUUGGUUGAAGAUAAGUGUUGGUGGUCAGGUGGAAAUUUGUGGUUUUCACUGGAAAGUGUUGGCUGAAUGUUCCUGAACGCUGUGGAAACCAUUGAAAAAGCAUAUCAACAAAAAAAGUAUGGUGUGAAAAUGAAUAAGAAGCUUCACAGGCAGGUUAAUAAAAUGCAAACCAAUUGUAAAAAUGUUGUCCCACAGAGUGCAAUAGCUCGACAAUAUCGAUUUUGAAAUAGCUUCAAACAAAGUAAGGUAGAAACAUCGUUAUAGUCUGAGAAAGAUCUCCUUCCUCCACCUUUGCUUUUAUUUUGCCACUUUGCAAGUGACCAUUUACAUUGGGAACUCAUACCAUGGCAGUUUAAGACUUGCUGAACAAGUUCAGCUGAAAAAAAAACACAUCUAAGCAAACACAUGUGUGGCAUGACGCAGGAAGUGGUGAUGAAACAACAAGAGGCAGAAAAGCAGAAGCUGUCUGGCACUGUAGAGACACACAGAAAGAAACGGCAUAAUUCCUUUGCGACAAUGAUGAGCAACAACAGCACAAACUCCUGUUCAACUGAAAAUGUUGACAAAAUGAUGCAAUAUUUAGAGCUGAUCAUCUACAUUCCUAUAUUCUGCAUUGGGAUAGUUUUAAAUCUGACGGCUCUGAUGGCGUUUUGCUUGUGCCUCCGAAAGUGGACUGAGACAACCAUCUUCAUGACUAGCUUGGCUCUAAUGGACCUCCUCCUUCUCUUACCUCUACCCUUCAAAAUGCACGCUGCAAAUCACAAGUGGUCGGGCCGAUCCCAGAUGUUCUGUUCCUUUCUGGAAAACCUUUAUUUUUUUAGCACAUAUGGCAGCAUCUACAUGAUUAUGUGCAUAGCAAUUGAUAGGUGGCUGGCAAUAUGUUAUCCAUUCAAAGCCAAGCAGCUGCGCUCCCCCAGAGCAGCUUUCUUAGCCUCCCUGGGGAUCUGGAUUCUGACUUCUUCUGCAGUCUUUCCGGUCAUCUACAACUUAAGGGAGAAUUAUACAGAGGACUUCCACUGCUUCCACGGGUUUUCAGAGAAAGGCUGGAGUCCAGUGGUGAUCAUUUGCUUGCAGGUGUUUGGUUUUCUGGGGCCUGCGCUCGUGGUGGUUAGCUGUUCGGUUCAUACCAUCUGCGUUCUUCAGGAGUCUGGCCAACGUAGCCCAAAAAGCCAGGCCUGCAUCAAGAUCAUCUACAGCAGCCUGGGGGCCUUCUUGGUGCCGUUCACGCCGAGCCAUCUGGCCAUCUUCCUGCAGUUUCUGGUUCACCAGAAGGUGAUUAAGGACUGCAACACCGAGCAAAGUAUGAGCUUGUUCAUACAGACGGCCAUGUGUUUGUCCAACAUCACCUGUUGCUUGGAUGCUUUUUGCUACUACUUUGUUGCUCACGAGGUGAGGAGCACCAAAAACAGCUUCAGGAUGAGAACACUGAGCCAAAGAAGAGGCAAUUCCAGCACUUCAGAGGUCUGAACAUUUAGCAAAAGGCUGAAGAUGUGACUUGGAUACGACAGAGUGGGGUCAUAUUCAUUGUUUUUUGGCAAGUUAGUAAAAUAGACUGAGCAAGAAGCUCUUGCUUUUGAGAAAGUACAACAUGCAACUUAGAACAAUGGGAAAUGAACCAGGUCAGCGAACGAUGAUAAAUUUAACCACUGAGCUGGAGCAGCAAGCCAGGUGACGCAUUUUUAACCUCAAAGAGCACUGGUAACCAAAACAUAGGCGGCAAAAAGGAAACCUUCCACUACAGAUGGAGAAUUUGAAAGGUGCUUUUUAAGAUGGUUGAGAACCUUUAGCUUGCUGACUCCAUGAUAAGAAACUGACUUGUGGUAUGAUUCAUUUUAAAUCUGGCACAGUUGCAGAUCUUUGUUGCUUUGAUUCAGAACAUCAGGAGUCAAACAGAAAAAAAGAAGAGUUAAGUAAAGUGUUCCUUUAAAUAGAAGACCAAAAGAUCCCUGUUCUCAAAUAUUAAACAUUUCUAUUUUAUUCGACUUUUUUUAAGGGUAUUGUUUGUUAUUUUAGCCCUUUCUGGACAAAUGAAUAUUAGACAAAGGGUGGCUGAUAAAGGCAUCUGUACACAUUCCAAUACCAACAAAUAAAUAACGUGAUCUUAGAAAGCAUUCAUGUAUUUCACAUUUAUUUGAAACAAGUUAGUUUUACUUGUUUUUAUUUUUAGAAUCUUUGUUUAGGCUUUUUUGUAUGUUACAAGUGGUUGAAGUCAGAUGACUUAUCUGUAGAACAAAUAACUGUGAAUCUGAGCCUUAAAUGAUAGAGUGUAGUUUAAGGAGUUACGGAUAUUCUGAUGUUUUUGACUGUUGAAAUAAAGUUCUGUUUGUGUUUAUAUAUGUUCAGUUAAUUACACAAACUGCUCCGAGUCAGAGAGUCAGAGUGGAAAACAUACUCAUGUUUUAUAUUACUGAAAUUCUUGAAGGGUAUUUUAUGUCACUGUCAUUUAAUUUUAAAUAAGCAAGAUUUGUAUAUCACUGUAACAAAACCAGUAUUGUUUUUCAAUUCAGCCGUACGGCGUUCUGCUCAGCAACUAUUAUAUUAGCAUUAUGUGUA